AUGCCGGCCAACUCAUCAGGGCGCAUCGCCAAAGUGCGGAAGAACAAAAAUUUUACUCCUCAUCAAAAGAAUCACCGAUGGGAGUCAUUUACAACUAAAAUCUCCAAAUUCAACUCUCUACAACCACUACGCAAAGUUCGCCGUCACGACCUCGAUAACGAAGACCUUUCGACAUCGACAUCUUACUUCCAGACUGGACUGCAAAAAUGGGGAGAACUCAAUGUCUCAAAACCGUUCUCUACGUUCAAAACAAGGACAUGGCCGUUGUGCGAGAGUCUUCCCCAGCUCCUCCAUUUCGAGCAGAGGAUAAUGGACCUGCUGGCCGAUUUCAUAGCAGGCCAGGAUAAGGAAGCUUUGGAGCCGCUACUAGACCUUCUUACCGCCUUUUCGCAUGAUCUAGGAGUUCGAUUCGAGAAGCAUUACGGCAGGAGUUUGGACUUGAUUGUGGCUAUUGCUGCGAAGCCACAAGAUGUUGAUGUUAUCGAGUGGACGUUCGGAGCUCUCGCCUUUCUGUUCAAAUAUUUGUCCAAGCUUCUCGUUCCCGACUUGCGACCUACCUUCAAAGUCAUGGCUCCGCUACUUGGAAAGUCCCGACACCCUCCUCAUAUUGCUCGGUUUGCAGCUGAAGCACUGAGCUUCCUGGUUAAGAAGGCGGCCGCCCCCUCACACCGCGACAUAGCUUUGAAGCGCUUGGUCGAAUGCGCACGAGACGAUCUCAUCAGCAUCAAGGAUGACCGCCAGUUUAUCUUGUACAAAGAUGGACUGAUGACAAUGUUUGCCGAAGCUAUUAAGGGUACGGAUAACACCAUCCACUCAACUGCCCCUACCAUUUUCAUGGCUCUGGUUGAUGCUAUUCCCGAGGACGAGCGCACCCUUACUGAAGAUACAAUCUGGACCGACGUUGUUUGCGGCGUGUUGACCAGUGUUAUUCACCAUGCGACUGCCGACACUUUUGGAGAAUUUGCAACCGGGGUCCACGAAGCGAUUCGAGCCAAUAUGGAGCGGGUACCCUCUGCAGAAUGCCAGUGGCAGCACGUCCCUCUGAUAAGAAUAUAUGGCAUCCUGGCUGGUGUUCGAAAGGGUUACCGUUUGGGUGAUUGGGCACCUAUAAUCAAGAACUUUGUCGAGAUGCUUUCCAAUGUUACGAAAGCUGGUGUAGUGGUGCCGCAGGAUGCUGCAGGCGUUGUUUGGAAGUCUAUUAUUGCCAACAUUGCGAUUGUUUGGCACCAUGCGCCCAUUGAUGCUUUAAUACCCCAUAUUGUUCCUCUAAUUCAGUCACUGAGCAGGGAACCAUUGAUGAAAUGGUUCAUACCCUUCUGCUCAUACUUUUGCGAGCUGGACGCUCAGCGUUUCGCAAGUCUAUUCCGCAACGAUUUCCAGAGAUUUAUCGCAAACCACUGGUCCGAAGAGCCCAACGAGGAUAUGCUCUGCAUUCUAUUGCCCAAGAUGAUUGAGAAUCGUGCUUUUCCCCCAGCUGGUGAAAAGGAUAGCUGCAGGAUGCCGCAAGCUUGGCAAGAUCAAAUUGUUUCCAAGUUUGAGCGCCUAGAGAUCUCGCCAUUUCCAGAAAGAGGGCCUUAUAACAAGGAUCCCCAAGUAUGGCGGGAUAGAUGCUUGCCUAAAUAUUCGGCUUUGCUUCAAAUCCUUGAGCUGACGGCAGUUCACCCAUCGACAAAUGCCCGUAUCGCCGAACUCCUUCUCAGGAAACUCAAGCUUGCACUGCGCCCCUCUUCUACGCUGGCAUCCGAUGAGGUCCACUUCAUUGUUGGCCAAGGAUUCCAUGCUUACCUACGCAUGAGCAAGGCUGCUGGUUCCGUCGACAUCACUCUUAGCCCUCUCCUGCGAGCAGCCGUUCCACGCUUCUCUCAAUCCAUCAGCUUUCUACAUGCGUAUCUCACGUACGAAGAGAUUCUGCAGGGCAAGGAAAUCACCCAGCGACAAGAAAGUACGAGCAGUGAUAGUUCAUCCAGCGAGGAGGAUCCAGUGACCAAAUCAUUGAUCGACAACUUGGGUUCCCCAUCGCACGAUCUGAGGCUGGCAUCCUUGAAUCUACUCAAGGUGCUCAGCCUGGCACCAGACAGCAUGAACACUGUGGAGACUAUGAUUGAAAUUGAAGAAACCCCGUUAGAUCUUGCUCAUACCAGAACGAUUGCCAUGCUUCUUCGCAAGUUAGGCCAAACCUAUGCUUCGUUUGAAGAGAACUCGUGGCUUCAACGAGCUGUGCCUGCUUUCCUCUUUGGUCUGCUUACGGUCAAGCUGUCGCCUGUAUGGGAUGACUCGGUAGAGACUAUGAAGCAAAUCACAGAGACCAAGGCUGGAGAAGAAGCAGUUUGCGAGAUUGCCUUCCGCUGGUUGAAGGUACCUUCAGCUCGUUGGGGUCCCUCGCAACCCGAGACUCAAGGCCCGCAUCGCGUGUUCGUUUCCGAUUUUGAGUGUACCAAUGUACGCAGGCUCGAAGCAGCUGCAGCUGAAGUGGAAGAGAUCAUCGACCACCCAGAUGACCUCAUGCUCCAGAGUUUCGACGAUAAGAAGAGGACCGCGGAGACAACUGCAGGCAACUCUAGAUCACGGGCGCUCAAGGUGUUCAAUGCCAUUCCUUCGAUCGCCGAAAGGAGAUCCCGUCAACUUGUGCCGCAUUUUCUGGCGUGGGCGAGCGAAGACCGAACCCCUGAAUCGGUUGACGAUGAAGAGAUCUCUGAGGGAGCUACUUGGUCUCUUGCGGAUCGAAAGGCUAUGCUUAGCGUGUUCUCCCAAUUCAUUAACCCCCGAGUGCUUUACCAACAUGAAGAGGUUUACCCUGCGCUUCUACAGUUGAUGGAGAACGGUGACGUUGAGGUCCAAAAGGUCACGCUCAAGGCCAUUCUCGCUUGGAAGCAGGAGGCUAUCAAGACCUAUAAAGAAAACUUGGAGUUCCUCCUGGACGAAGCUCGGUUCAAAAACGAGCUUACAGUCUUCCUUCAAGACGACACUGCCAUCAAGCCAGAGCACAGAGCUGAUUUGAUGCCUGUUCUCCUCAGGUUGCUUUAUGGUCGAACCAUCUCCAAAAAGGGUGCGGCAAGUGGUCGACAUGGCCUGCAAGCUACCAGGCUGGCGGUCCUCCGAAAUCUUAGCGUCGAGGAUAUGGGCAGCUUUUUGGACAUUGCCACAGGCAAGCUUAAGGAUGUCAAGGUCGUUGGCGCCUCAAAGAAGAUCUUUGAUGAACCCAUACUCCCUGUCCGAAAGCAACUUGGUUUCCUGAACAUGAUUUCUUCUGUCAUCUCUGAGCUUGGUACCAACGCUACGCCCUACUUGGAGACACUUCUCAAUGCUGUCCUCUACUGUCUUGUCUUCGCCUGCCGACAACUUAGUGGACAGGGUGUAGACCCUGAGAAUGCUCCUGAAGAGGAGGAGGAGAAGGCCAGUACACAAUCUCUUCUCAGAAUCAUUCGAUCCACCGGAUUGAAAUGUUUGAUUGCACUCUUCCAAAAUGCCCAAUCCUUCCAAUGGGCACCAUACCAAGAUAUCAUCCUUGAAGAUGUGGUAGCACCGAGACUAGAAAACUUGCCUAGCGAGAUGACACAGGGAGUUUCUGGUAUGCUACAGCUCUUUGCUACUUGGUCUGUUCUCCCCAGAAUUGCCCUUUUCUUCGCACCGCACCCUAAGGUACCCGAGGGCAUCCUUCCUAAGGUCAUUGAAUGUCUGUCAAUCGAGAAGGGUAAGGACGAAGUUAAAAUCCAUGUCUUGAGUAUCAUUCGCAACCUGGUUAAGCUUGCCACUGCGCCUGUGCAGGAGUGCGAGUUUAAUGAGCUCAUUAAGGUAGAACUUCUUGAUCCGAACUCGAAGGCAAUCCUAAACCAGAUCUCUAAUGUUCUGGACAUGUCUGGCAUCAGCAACGAUCUCUUGGAGGCUUGUGUAGAAACAAUUCUGGUCAUGGCUCCUAUCGUACAGGAUACUGGGGACGUUCAGGCUGUCAUCAAGAUAUCUAUCUUCCUCCUGAACCAACCUCCUCGGCGUGUCAGUCCUAAGCUUAAGGGUAGAAUUCUCCUUAUUGUCGAGGAAUAUGUCACGCGUUCCAGUGCCUUGGAGAACCAGUCGCUUCUUGACGAGGUCUACGACACACUCUCGUCUCUCUUCAGCUACUUCAGGGAUCGGGAGAAUCGACAGUCUCUUUCAAGGGGUCUAUUGGCUAUCGCUGGAAAAGACAGUAGUCUCCAGGAGGUUGCUGACAUCUGCGCCAAUCUCAACUCGUUCAAAGAAGGACGCAUUGAUGAGCCGGAUUAUGAUAAGCGUCUUGCCGCCUACAACUCCAUCUCGGUCGAUCGAGAGAUUCCAUUGACUCCAAAGCAGUGGCUGCCUUUGCUCCAUAACUUGACGUUCCACAUUCGAGACGCGGCGGAGUUCGGUAUUCUCUCAUCUAACUCGGCCGAUGGACUUCGAAAAUUCACCAGGGAUGCGGCAGCAUGCACGACCGAAGAUGCAAAGCAGAAGUUUGACGCUCAUCUUAGGGAUGUCCUAAUGCCUGCUCUGUAUGCUGGUGCUCGUGAGCCAUCUGAUACAGUUCGAAGAGAGUACCUCCGAGUAAUGGGUCAUCUUCUGUCAACGAUGCCCGAAUGGGAACCCAUUGCGGACCUCAGCGCCUUACUGAAUGACCGAAAUGAAGAGAGUAGCGAGUUGACUUUCUUCUUCAACAUUCUCAGCCCUGCAACCGCAAGGCAGUUGGAGGCUCUGCACAUCCUCGAGGCUGCUAAUAAACAGAAGGAAAUGGGGAGCCAGAACUUGGCCCAGUUCUUCAUUCCGCUCCUUGAGCACUUCAUCUUUGGUCGUGCUGAGGGAGUCGAUGACCAUGGUCUUGGUGCUCAAGCAAUCAUCACCAUUGGCAACCUCACAAGCUCUCUGCACUGGAAACACUACCGCACCACUCUUCAAAGAUACAUCGGUUAUGUUGAAUCUAAGCCCGAGCAACAGAAGCUGACCAUCAGACUCUUGAGCAAGGUUGCCGAUGCACUUGUAGACGCUGCUGAGAACGCUUCUCAGGAGCGCAUGGAGGUGGAAGAGGUCGACGCCACCUCAUCAACCACUACAAGGCUUCCUCUCACAAUUCCAAAGGCGGAUAAGCUGAGUGUCGAUGUCACCAACUUCUUUCUGCCUUCCCUCGUCAAGCAUCUUCACGAGAAGGACGAGUCAGAAGUCAGCUACCGUGUACCCGUGGGUGUCAUAAUCGUUAGACUCUUGAAGUUGCUGCCUAUGGAACAAAUGGACCAGAAACUGGCCGGUGUCUUGACUGAUAUCAGUCACAUUCUUCGCAGCAAGGCCAUAGAGGCUCGUGACAUGGCUCGAGACACACUGGUCAAGAUUGCUGUUAUUCUCGGGCCAUCAUACUUUGGCUUUAUCCUCAAGGAGUUGCGAGGCGCCCUGACCAGAGGUUAUCAACUCCACGUGCUCUCCUUCACCAUGCACUCGCUCCUGGUUGCUGUUCUCCCCUUGUGUGCACCAGGCGAUUUGGAUUACUGUAUCAGCUUCAUCGUGACAGUGAUCAUGGACGAUAUCUUCGGUGUCAUUGGUCAAGAGAAGGACGCCGAGGGGUACACCACUCAGACCAAGGAAAUCAAGAGUAGCAAGAGUCAAGAUUCGAUGGAGCUAAUAUCGAAGAACGCCUCGGUCAGCCGAAUCAUUGACCUGGUCAAGCCACUGCGUGCGCUUUUGAUGCAAAAGGUCGAUCUCAAGAUGGUCCGUAAGCUUGAUACUUUGAUGGCGCGAAUUACAGGUGGUCUCCUGCAAAACCCUGCUGCUGAAAGCCGCGACACCCUGGUUUUCUGCUAUGAGGUCAUUCAAGACGUCUACAACUCCCAGAAGCCCGAAGUUGAGGAGAAGCUCGACCCUCGAGUCAAGAAGUACCUUGUUCAGAAGGGUGCCAAGAAGAGUGGCGAUCGAGGCAAAACUACAAAGCACACUUACAAGUUGAUUCGCUUUGCAGUAGAUAUCCUGAGAGCGAUCCUGAAGAAGCACGACAGCUUGCGAACUCCUGCCAAUAUUGCCGGUUUCAUUCCCAUCCUUGGUGAUGCCAUGGUUGGUGGAGAGGAUGAGGUCAAGAUCUCAGCCUUCCGCUUACUUGCUGUCAUCGUCAAGGUACCGUUCAUCGACGAUGAGGGAUCGAAGCUGUACAAGGUUGCAGUCAAGGAAGCAACCAAGAGCAUAUCCAUGUCAGUCUCUACAACUACCGAGGUAGCCCAGGCAGCUCUUAAAAUGUUGGCCGUUGUUCUUCGCGAUCGCCGUGACAUUCCUGUCAAGGACGCAGCAAUCGACAUGCUCCUUGCCAAGUUGAAGGAUGACCUCACCGAGCCCCUUUACCGCCAUGUCACAUUCAACUUCUUGCGAUCAGUUCUGGAUCGACAUCUGGAAACUGCUGCUGUUUACGACACCUUGGAUUAUGUUGGCACUGUCAUGAUUACCAACGAUGACAAAGAUACUCGUGAUCUUGCUCGAGGCGCGUUCUUCCAGUUCAUUCGUGAAUACCCACAGAAGAAGGCCAGAUGGGCCAAGCAAUUAAACUUCAUUGUCGCCAACCUCAAGUAUGAGCGCGAGGGUGGUCGUUUGUCUGUUAUGGAGAUGGUUCACUUGCUUCUCAUGAAGUCAUCGAACGACUUUGUACAGGAGAUUUCCUCCACCUGCUUCCUCCCGCUUUUCUUUGUUCUGGCCAACGACGACAGCGAAAAGUGUCGACUUGCAGCUGCGGGACUUCUCAAGGAGAUUUUCCUCAAGGCCGACAAGGAGAGGACUCUGACAUUCCUUGGACUUGUGCGAACGUGGCUGGACCAGGAUGGAAACGAGGCAGUUCUCAGGCUUGCCUUCCAGGUCUUUGGCUUCUACCUUGAAUCGAACGAAAACGCAUCGAAGAACAAGAAGGACUUCAAGCUUGUUCUCGAAAAGUUCAAUGGUGUUAUUGAAGCAGAGGACAUCCAGGAAGUUGACGGAGAACUCUUGGAUGCGGCACUCGGAGUUAUUCGAGCCUCUCUGCCUGUGUUCCCUGAAAAGGUUCUGUCGAGCAGUAGUGAAGAGAUGUGGUCCAACAUCACUAGAUGUCUGUCACACCAAGAAGGCUCAGUCAAGCUAUCUGCUAUUGGUUUGACAAGCUCUUACCUCGCUGAUUUCGCCCGGCAAGCCAGCAGUGUACCUGUUGGUGAGCCGGUAAAGGGUAGCCAUGGCCUCACGCUUGAUCUACCAAGAAUACAAGAUCUAGUAAGACUUGGACUGGGUGUUCUCUCAACCCGAGACAUUGAUGAGAAGCUCGGAGCGGAAGCUGUUCAGGUUCUUGCCUUCUUGGCUCCUCAUCUCCCUGUUCGACCUGUUACUGCAGAGGAUGAGGAGGCCGAAGAGGAUGAACAAGAGGAAGAGGAGGAGGAGGAGCAAAUCGAGGAGAGACAGCGCAAGACGGAUCUCCAGCAUUUGUUCUGGAAGCUGUCACAUGUCAUUCGACGAGAGAUUCCUCCCAGGGCUGUGGCAAUUACACCCAAGAUGGCUGCAAUGGAUCUCCUCGAGACUGUCUGCCGCAGAUCUGAGUCUGAUCGCCUCCGACCAUCUCUCAAGACUAUUCUUGUGCCCCUCCACAACCUCACCGAUCCUUCAAUUGCACCUCCUUUCUCCAAUGACGAACUGUUCAAGGAGAGACAUGAGGCUCUCAAGACGAGGGCGCAGAUCCUCAUGGAGUCCCUGCAGAAGAAGUUUGGUACGGCCGAGUACUCUACGCAGCUACUCGCUAUCAGAGGCGAGGUGAGGGCAAAGAGAGAGCAACGAUCAAGCAAGCGAAAGAUUGAGGCCAUUGCACACCCGGAGAAGUAUGGACGGGAUAAGAGAAAGAAGUUUGAGAAGAACAGAGACCGCAAGAAGACGCGAUCUCGGGAGCAGAAGGUUAUGCGGCAAUCGUUCAAGGGGUGGUAA